GUGUUGUUGCUGCUUUAUUUUGAUUCCCAAUUGUCAUCUUUUCAGUUACUGAAAAUGAUCAAUAGAGAGAGUUUCCUUAAAUUUCUCCACAUGAUUGUUGUUGCGCUACUUCUACUAUGCAUGAAAAUGAAACCAGCUCCUGGGUUAUUCACUUCGGGAAUUGGAGAUGAUGCUAAUGUGAGAUGCGUAGAGAGGGAGAGACAAGCUCUCCUUCAUUUUAAGCAGGAGCUCAUUGAUGAUUGUGGUCUUCUCUCUUCUUGGGGGAGCACAACAGGAGAGAAGAAAGACUGCUGCAAAUGGAGAGGAGUCCAAUGUAGCAACCGCACUGGUCAUGUCAUUGUGCUUGAUCUUCAUGUCCCACCCCCUCUCUACGAAUUGUAUGGUGCUUAUCAGCCUUUGAGAGGUAAGAUUAGUCCUUCAUUGUUUGAUUUGCAGCAUUUAAAGUAUUUAGACCUCAGUUACAAUGAUUUUGAAGGGAGCCGCAUCCCAGAAUUCAUUGGUUCCUUUAGUAGAUUACAAUACCUCAACCUUACAGGGGCUGGCUUUUCCGGCAAAGUUCCUUCUCAGUUUGGGAACCUUUCGGAAUUGUGCUCUCUUGAUCUCAGCCGUAAUGAUUUGAGUGUAAAAAAUCUUAAGUGGCUUUCUCAUCUUUCUUCAUUAAGAUACCUUGAUCUGAGUUCCGUUGACCUUAGUGAAGCAACUGAUUGGAUGGAGGCAACUAGUAAUCUUCCUCUUUUAACAGACUUGCACUUGUCUUCUUGUAGACUGCGUGCUGUCAUUCCCUCCACUCUUUUGUUGAUUAAUUCUUCAAAGUCUCUUGCUUCCCUUAAUCUCUCUGUGAAUUCUCUCACAUCUUCAAUAUUCAGCUGGUUGUGCAACUUCAAUAGCAGUCUUGUUGAAGUGUAUCUUUCUCAGAACAACUUGCAAGGUCUGAUUCCAAAUGCUCUUGGAAACCUGAAGUUCCUAACCCAUCUUGAUCUCUCUUCCAAUCACCUUGAAGGCGGAAUUCCAAAAUCUUUUGGGAACUUGAGUAGUUUACAAACAUUACAUCUGUCACAAAACAAUUUAACAGAACAGCUUCCUAAGUUUGUUCAGAACUUGUCAGGGCCUGUGGAGAACACAUUAGAGAUUUUGCAAUUGAGUGAGAAUAAACUCAGUGGUUCAUUACCGGAUAUUACAAAAUUUUCAAACUUGAGGGAAUUGUAUCUUGAUUAUAAUCAAUUGAAUGGAUCUUUCCCGGAAAGUUUUGGACAAAUUUCCACCAUUGUUGUUCUAGAUCUGUCUGAAAAUUGUAUUACGGGGUCAUUGCCUCGUCUUACAGUAUUUUUAUCAUUGAGAGAGUUGCAUCUGUCGAACAAUCAGAUAAAUGGGACACUAACUGAAGCCCACUUCUCCAAUCUCUCCAACUUACAACACUUGGACUUAUCUUUUAACUCGUUGGUUUUAAACUUCAGCUCUGAUUGGAUUCCUCCUUUUCAGCUGGAUGUCAUAAAGUUGCGCUCUUGCCAGUUGGGGCCUCGUUUCCCAAACUGGCUUCUAACUCAAAACAAUUAUUCUGAGCUUGAUAUCUCUGGUGCUGGAAUUUCAGAUACUGUCCCUAAACGGUUUUGGGAUUUAUCCCCCAAACUGGCUUACCUAAAUCUCUCAUUCAACCAGAUCAAGGGAAUGGUGUACGAUUUGUCAUUAAAUAAUCUCUAUAGAGAUCAACUUCAUAUAGAGAUAGAUUUGAGCUGUAAUCAUUUUGAAGGUCCCAUACCACUUUAUGAUCCCAGUGUGACAUCAUUGCAUCUCUACAACAAUACGUUUUCAGGGUCAGUUUCUUCCUUAUGCAAGAUGAAAAGUGUGUCUUUUACUACUGCUAUAGACCUCUGCAUUAACCAACUAUCAGGAGAGCUUCCUGACUGUUGGAUGCAUAUGGAAAACUUACUCAUUCUUGAUUUUGCUAACAAUAAUUUGACUGGGAGAAUUCCUAGCUCUAUUGGCUUCCUCCAUCAGCUUCAAACCUUGAAUUUGCGCAACAAUAAUUUUAUUGGGGAAUUGCCUUCGUCCUUGAAGAAUUGCCGAAAUUUGAUACACUUGGAUCUAGGAGAAAAUAAAUUAUCCGGAAAAAUACCCGCGUGGAUAGGGUCAAACCUAACAAAAAUGAUGGUUCUUAGUCUCCGAUCGAACGAGUUCUCUGGAAGCGUACCUGUUAAUAUAUGCCAUCUUAACAAAAUUCGUAUCUUGGACCUCUCUCAAAACAAUAUAUCUGGAAAUAUACCACGAUGCGUCAACAAUUUCACAUCUUUGGUUCAAAGGGAUAAUGAUGAUGAAGAAAUUGCCAUCCUUUAUCCACAAAUUAAUCGUAUUUAUCAUGUGGAUUAUGUGGACAGUGCAUUGUUGCUAUGGAAAGGACAAGUCUAUGAGUACCAAAAUACUCUAGGACUAGUAAGAGGCAUUGAUCUAUCAUGCAAUAAAUUGACUGGAAAAAUUCCUGAAGAAAUCUCGAGUCUUGCAGAAUUAAUCUUCUUGAACCUAUCGAGGAACAAUUUGACAGGAACCAUUUUUCAAAAGGUUGGGCAGUUGGAAAAGUUAGAAAUUCUUGAUUUGUCCCAAAACCAGCUUUCUGGUGAGAUUCCUUCAGGCCUUGCUCGUCUAACUUUUCUUAGUGUCUUGGACUUGUCAUAUAACAAUUUGUCUGGCAAAAUUCCAUCAAGCACUCAACUGCAGAGCUUUGAUGCUGCUUCUUAUACUGGGAAUCAAGAACUUUGCGGGCUUCCACUACCUAAUAAGUGCCCAGGAGAUGAUUCAGAUGCUGUAGAUCCUUCUUCCAUUGAUGAUUGCCAAAAAGACAACAACAUUCAAGAGGACAGCUUCAUAACCCCUGAAUUUUAUAUCAGCAUGGGGUUAGGUUUUGGUGUUGGAUUUGGGGGAUUAUUUGGGACUUUAGUGCUCAAAAGGACAUGGAGAUAUGCUUAUUUCAAGUUGUUGAACAACAUAACAGAUUGGCUCUAUGUGACAGCAGCUGUGAAUAUGGCUAGACUGCAGAGGAGGCUUCAAAGCUAAUUGUGCAAGCUACUACACCCAACAAAAUGAGCUUUUGUUCCUCUAGAAGAACAUGAAACGGCCUUUUGGGUAUCUAUGUUCAGCUACCUCCUUUCUGUAUUUCUUGAAGAAAAUAAUUUUAUAAAUAUUUUUUAUGUAUUUCAUUUUGGAACUAGUUUGUGUGUGCUUAAAGACUUCCAUAAUUUAUUUUGAACCAUUUGUGUGAUGAUUGAUGAUUAAAUAGUUUGUCUAUCUCAUGUUUGUACUCUUCGCAGUUGUGGAUUAUUGACCUUGAUUAAACCUAAUGCCCUGUUUCCAAAUUUUAAAUUCUACCGAAUUAGUAAUCCCUUAAUAAGCACUUCUGCUUCAUCAAUUUGACUAGGAUUUCAGAAGUAAAAAGAUGUAUGACUAGCUCCUCCUAUCUAUUUCUUGAAAAAUGUAACAUUAUAUAUAUAUAUAUAUAUAUAU